AUGGACGCCAAGGAUUCACAGCCCAGUCCGCGCAACGCCGUUAGCCUGGAGUCGCUCCAUCCGAUCGAGCCCAGCGUGGUCGUGGACGUCGACGACAAGAAGGACGGCCCGGUCACCGCAUCGGCAUCAGCGCCACCUACCAUUUCAAACGUUGCGAUAGACGAGGAAGAUGCGCAGGUAGACCCAGAAUCGAGCCAUGCGGCAGACGAGACGCUGAAAAGACGGGCACGUUGGGCCCUCUUCGUCAUGGCCUUUUUCAUGGGCGACGUUGCCGAAGGACUAGGCCCGUUCCUCGGCGUCUACCUACAACAACACGGCUGGGCUCCCGGACUGCGCGGUAUGGUGAGCACGGCGGGCGGCGUCGCAACGAUUAUCGCGACGGGGCCGAUCGGUGCGCUUAUAGACGCAACGAAGUACAAGCGACUCCUCGUCGCCAGCUGCGCCCUCCUCGUUAGCGUUUCCCAAGGACUCAACCUGCUUUCCACACACCCGGCCCUCGUCUUCUCCACGCAAAUCGUGUCUGCUGUUGCCGGCACGAGCAUGAUGCCUCUGCUCGUAGCACUCACACUGGGCAUCUGCUCUCCGGAACCUGAAGGCAGUGAUGCGCAGAACAAGAAGAGCAAACACAGCUUCCGCGCACUCAACGGGCGCAAUCAAGCGGCUAAUCACGCGGGCAACAUGGUAAGCGCUGGCCUAGCGGGCCUGUUGGGCUCGCGCUUCGGUUUGAACGCGGUCUUCUAUCUCGUCAUGGCAUUUGAUGCUAUGACGAUAGGAUGCGUCUUUUUGCUACCGGAGCGGGCCAUUGACCACGCAGCCGCAAGAGGAGGCCCUGCUCCCAAUAUUGGCGUGACCGAUGCCGGUGCCCAUCAAAUGCAAGAAAGAGGGAGGGAAGAGGCUGAUGAUGUAGUGGAAAGGGGUGGCUUGCCUCCUCCUGGAACUCCCAUCGUCAGCCCAAAGACCAGAUCCCAUCGAUUCAGCUGGAAGCACAAAUUCUCUUUCAGUUGGCUCAAAAUCUUUCAGAAUAACUGGCCUCUCGGUAUUGUCGCUGUUACCAUCUUCAUGUUCCACCUCGGCAAUGCCGCGAUCCUCUUCAUCUACGGCCAGGCCUUGGUGGCGGCUGGCGAGGGAGACCCCGCGGGCACCACCGGCCUGACCGUCAUCAUCGCGCAGGGCACAAUGGUCAUAGUAUCAAUCCUGUCGGCGUGGGCCUCUGGUCGCUACGGUUACUGGUCCUCCAUUCUCCUAUCGUACACUGCCUUGCCCAUCCGCGCUGCCGUUGCGGGCCGCGUCAUGAAGAGCUGGGGCGUUUGGCCGGUCCAGAUCCUCGACGGCGUCGGUGCCGGUAUCCAGAGCGUUGCUAUCCCAGGAUUGCUAGCCGUUAUGAUGGCUGGGACCGGGCAUGUUAAUGUUACGAUGAGUAUUGUUGGCGGCAUAACCCGACAGACUGGUGCCGCCAUCUCGCACUCGUUGGCUGGGUGGGUGGCGCAGGUCAGAGGUUACAGUUUUGCACUUUACUUGUUAGGCGUCUUCCCGCUUGUCUCUGUUUUUCUAUGGGCUGGCUUUUACAAGAUACUACGGCCAGUCAUGGAUAAGAAACCUGGGGGAGAGUAG